CUGGAAACAUACGCAAUAUCAAAGUCAAUGUAAAAUCAGUCACUAUAUUCAAAAUUCAGUCACAUUGAUACACUAGAUACGGGCAGGAGUCUGGAAACUAUUAAGUAUUUAUCCCCAAAAUAUUUCAGCGCAGAAAAACAAACUCUAGAUGAAGCCAUCCCCUUUCCUAACGCGCAUUCGUCAGUUCUGGAUCAUGACCGGAUGGUUGCGUCACGAGGCGGCGACCGCCGGUUGCAUGAUGGUGGUGCGUCGCCAAGAGGAACAGUCGUCGGAGCACAAGGCGGCGGCAACGGCUGCGGCUGCGGCUGCCGCUGAGGCGCUUCAGCCCCAAGUGAGUGUCGAUACCGAGGGAAAGCUGCGCAUAGUGCGCAUUCUUGACGACUACUUAGUGCCCUUCGAGUGCGGUUUCUGAUCUGACUGUACUUUUUCUUGCGUUUGGUGUCAACUAUUAUACAUCAUUAAAACCUAACAACCAGUAUCACAACCGAGCCAAUAAAAAUUAAAUGUAUCUCCAAACUUAUAUUUUCUG